AUGAAUUUUCUACCAUCUUUCAUUCUAAGCGAUGAAUCCAAAGAACGUAUUUCCAGAAUCUUAACUUUGACUCAUAAUGUAGCACAUUAUGGCUGGAUUCCAUUUGUUUUAUAUUUGGGUUGGGCUCACACACCCAACAGACCAAACUUCCUUAACUUGUUGUCCCCAUUGCCAAGUGUUUAA